UAAGUUAGUAUUACGUCGAAAGCGAUAGGUGCGCGAGCUCUUGGUUAAUAGAAAAUAAAUCUAUGAUGUAAUCCAAGGAUUAACUUGGCGGGCGAUCGUACGUCUUAGCGAGUGAUUUACUAGUGAAGUUCUUAUUUCUAUAUCUAAAUAUAUCGCGUGUGAUUCCAACUUUACAUUUGACGGAAUUCAGAUCGUUUGUUGCUCGAAUUUUUUUGGAUCGAAACAUUGUUCUUGAGUUUUGCAAUAAAAGUGACAUUGAAGCAUAAGUGCAAUUAUUGCUUUACCUACCAUAUGCCAAAUUGGAAAGGGUUGGGUUGCCAACGGAUAAAAUGUGUUUCUACCAUAAAUAGUGUGGUUUUUUUAAAUUAGAAACUAAGAGCUGAGUUAUAAUGCGUAGUCAUUUAACAAGCUCGUCGUCUUUGUCAUCGGCAAAUAGUGUCUAUUCGGGCAAUUUCCUACAAGGGGACUCGCGAAAUAGACAUCUGAGUCCUUCAAAAAGUGGUACCACCAUCACUUCUUUGAACGAUGUGUGUGAUCGAACAGUGGUACGCGUUAGAAGAUCGGGAUUUCGGCAUGAACGUAUUCGAGUAGUGUGCACCACUAGAAGACAACAUGUUAGCCGACUAGUGACCGUCUCAGAUGUUUGCCAACCGUUACCACCAUUCAGAAAACAUGUUACAGUUGUCAGCUUUCCCCCCAAAAUGGAAAGAUCGCAAGUGGCAAAUUCGCUUGGUUCAUCAGAUCAUAUUCAAGAACAAACUUAUAUACAAGCACCAAGUUUCGCACAGAAUCAAAAUUACGGCACCCCAGCAGCAAGCCCGGUUUAUUGCAGACCGUCCCCCAACAAUUCAACGUACGUUUCAGUCGUCCAGCCCUUACAUAAAAAGGGGUCGCUAAGAAACGGGGACGUUUUGAAGAGAUCACGAGUGCAAACCACCUACGAACUUUCACAAGACAUACUAGAUAAGCAAAUAGAAGUACUAGAACGAAAAUAUGGAGGAGUUAAGGCACGGAAUGCAGCACUUACUAUACAAAGAGCAUUUCGGAGAUACACGUUACUUAAAAAGUUUGCGGCAAUUACUGCGAUGGCCAAAGCCGAGAAGCGCAUCAGUCGAAGGUUACCAAAUGAAGAAAACAAGUGUUCUGGAGAUGCGUCAGAUCAGCAAUGUUCCGAAUAUAUGCGAACCAGUUUUGAAGGGCAUGAUUACAACAAUAUGAGAAUGCUUCCCGUUAGGUCAAUGUCAUUGCGGGAAAGGCGAAAUGUUGAUAGCAUGCCAAUUCCUAGAAGCCAGUCGGGAACACCGUCAGGCUGUUGGGAGAACUACUCUUCGACUUCUUCUCUUCAACAUUACUAUUCCCCAGCUGAUAUAAAGUCAGAAUCUAUGGGAUCACAUGUAACUGGUAGUCCGAGUUCCUGUAGCACACCAACCACGUCUUCAAAUGGAUAUGUUCGAGCGCGUAGCAGCUUAAGCAGCCGAAAAGUCCCACCAGAAGUACCAAAGAGAACGUCCAGCAUUACUUCCCGAUCCAUUGAACAAGGUAGACAUAAGUCCAAUGGUUUGUCCAAAACGGCGGAGAAUGGUUCACUGUCUAGUGUUCAAAGUUCAGGUAGCGAUAGUAGUAUUUCCACGGAGAGGAUUCAAUGUGAGUUUUCCGGCUCUCCGGUCUGGAAGAGAAAGGGUAACCAUGGCUCAGAAUACGCAGAACCCACUUUGGAAACCAGUCUGGGCAAUAUUUCAAACGCAAGCUCCUCCACUUACACACUAGUAGAGCGAACGUCUGAUCCUCAAGGUCCACAGAGCUAUAAAAUCUCAGAAACCAUCCGAAAACGACAAUACCGCGUCGGACUCAAUCUCUUCAAUAAAAAGCCAGAAAAGGGAGUGGCAUAUUUGAUCCGAAGAGGAUUUUUGGACAACUCCCCUCAAGGAGUUGCUCGAUUCUUAAUAUCUCGGAAAGGUUUGAGCAAGCAAAUGAUUGGAGAAUAUCUCGGAAAUUUGCAAAAUCCAUUCUGCAUGGCCGUUUUGGAAUGUUUUGCCUCAGAGCUCGAUUUAUCUGGAAUGCAAGUGGAUGUGGCAUUGCGCAAAUUCCAACAGCAUUUCCGUAUGCCUGGCGAAGCGCAGAAAAUCGAACGACUGAUGGAGGUGUUUUCUCAGAGAUACUGCCAAUGCAAUGUCGACGUAGUAGCAAGGUUGCGUUCACCAGAUACUAUUUUUGUCUUAGCAUUUGCAAUAAUAAUGCUCAACACUGACUUACAUACUCCAAACAUUAAGCCCGAAAGAAGAAUGAAAAUCGACGACUUCAUUAAGAACUUACGCGGAAUUGACGAUUGUGGUGAUAUUGACAGUGAUAUAUUAACUGGCAUCUAUGAAAGAGUAAAGGCAAAUGAAUUUAAACCUGGAUCUGAUCACGUCACGCAAGUAAUGAAAGUCCAGGCCACAAUUGUAGGCAAAAAGCCCAACAUGGCAUUGCCACAUCGAAGAUUAGUUUGUUACUGUCGGUUAUACGAAAUACCUGAUGUUAACAAGAAGGAAAGACCCGGCGUUCACCAAAGAGAAGUGUUUUUGUUCAAUGACCUUCUAGUUAUCACCAAAAUAUUAAGCAAGAAGAAAUCCUCAGUUACUUAUACGUUUAGGAAUAGUUACCCUUUGUGUGGAAUGGUUGUUACAUUAUUUGAAGUUCAACAUUACCCAUACGGCAUUAAGCUUAGUCAAAGAGUGGAUCAAAAGGUUUUAGUCACAUUUAAUGCUAGGAAUGAACAUGACAGAUGCAAAUUUGCCGAAGACUUGAAAGAAGCUGUAAGUGAGAUGGACGAAAUGGAAAAUUUAAGAAUCGAAGCUGAACUGGAGAGGCAGAAAUCUAAUAGAGGAAACAGAUCUGGAACGGAAAAUAGAGAUAGUGGUGUUGCAGAUGUAGAAGUGUAUCCAUGCCACCAAUGCCCAUGCUCUCAGAACGCGGCACAGGGACAAUCGGAAAAUUGCUCCGAUGAAGUGACACAUGAAACGCAAAUUAAGAGAUCUGCAUUAAGUAAUUCUCUACUGGACAUACAUGAGCAAUUUGCAGGAGACAAGGUCCAAAGGCGUGGAAGCGUGGGAUCAUUAGAUAGUGGGAUGUCGGUUUCUUUCCAGUCGACCUCGGCCAGUACUUGUUCCAGAUCGGACAAGCUGGCAGGAAAGCAAAUGAAACCAGGAGUUCAUCACCAUCAAGGAUUUUUGGGUAGUUUGUUCAAUAAGCGUCACACCAGUGGAAGUAGUCUUGCACCAAAGUCCACAGAGGUAUAAUCCAUGCCAUGUAUAAACUGAUAAUAGCAUUUAUGCACAGUUGUACAACUUGUUUUUAUUACUUCAUUUCGAAUAAAGCUUGGACAAUUCAUCUAUACUCAUCAGCUUAUCAAAGUCUUGUUUUUACCAAAUACUCUUAUAAGUUCGUUUUCUGAUUUAACCGCGAUUGUUGUAAACCGUACUUAUACAGAUUAAAUGUCUUAUUCUUAGAAUAAAUAUGUGAUUGAAACCGUAGAUACCGUAAGAGUACUUGGGGUUUUUUAAAUAUUUAAUGUAAAAUUUACUCGAAUUCAUAGAAUUUGUUUAUUUUAACAAUUUUCAAUCGGAUUAUGUGCUUAAUUUUUGCAUAUACGCAAAAACUGCCUUGCUAAAUUGUACAACUGGCGCUUGGCUUUUUCCUACUAAUAUGUUCUCGUGCUACUUGUAAACUAGGAUUGAUAAAUACACAGCAAAAUACAAUACGCAGCUUGCAAAGUACUUAAAGUCGUUUCAACUCGCAAGCUAUUUUUAUAUAAAUUGUGCCAUUUAUUCCCAUCGCAAUGAAUCGUAAACAGAAUAUUCAUUACUCGUAACGACCGACUAUUUGUUAAAAAAAGGUUAUUUGUAAACAAUUUUAUCUAUGGAAAGCUGUGUAUUCAAUGCAUGAAUCGUAACUCAUUCCUGUUUAUCAGGGGGCGCCGUAACUGUUUCUCGUUGUCUGUUUACAAUGCCAAAACCUACAUAGUGUCCAUCCCGUAUGAGCUUCGAAGUCGUAUUGGAAAAUUGUAUCGAAAGCAGUUAAUAAAAGAGUUGUGAAAUUGUCUGAUUUUCAGGACCUAUGCAAUAGCUUCGUAGGUACUGUCUAAAGUAUAAAAUUUUGCGAUUCCAAAUAGCAUUAAUAAUUAAAUUGCCAAUGGUUAAAAAUUCCUGUAAUGCCUUGGAAUACAAAAAGCUGCAGUUGAUAGAACUUAUGAACACUAUACAAGUUCAAUGCUAAUAGCUUGACUUUUUAAACACGUUUUCCUUUUACAGAUUUUUCUUUUGCACUAGUCAUUUGUUUAGUUAGCAUUAAAAGUCAUAUGUGAGAACAUAGAUUGAAGCGUUAAAAACUUAAUGAAAUGUUUUCACACAAAGAAGCCGUUUAUGUAGAAUACGCAUUUGUAUAAUAUAAAUUAAUGUUCCUGCACUAUUUUCAAAAUAUAUCCCAUGAUUUUAAGGCAAACACCAAAAUAUACUGCUAUUUUUUGUACAAAAGUAUAAUAAAGGUUAUUGGUGAGAUUAUUGCUGAUUUCACCUUAAUUUAGUCUCGAAUAUUAGCCCUUAAUUAGACGGACACAAUUAAUUUAAAAUAAAAACAAAUUUUAUUCAGUAGUACUUUGCUAAAGUAAUAAGAAAAUCUAAUCUGUUUAUAUCUAAAUCGUUGGUUUUUCGUUAGCGUUUAAGCGAAGAGCUAGCGGUUACGCACAAUCGCUCCUACUUAAGGGUUAAAAAUUAUAUCACGUGUCAUAUAUUAAUUUGAUGUCUUUAUCUUCGUCUAAUUCGUCUGCAUCGUUUUCAAAUUAGAAUUUGCUUUGCUAUUAAACCCGCAUAGAAUUUAGAAUGCCUCAAACAGUACUUUUAUAGAUAAAGCUUUUAUGGAGUCUUCCGUUUAAGAGAGUUACUGGAUAGACUGGUUCAGUUGUACCCCAAUCGGCAAAUAUGUUUACUUUUUCUAUUACCAAAAUUUAUUGAAGUUCAUUUUCAAUAACUGUAAUUAAAACUUAAAAGUUUUCCAAUGCCGUUUGGGUUUGCAUACAACUGUAUUAUAAAAUAUUCAAAUUAAUAAAUCAUUAUAGUCAUUAAAAAAACAUUUAACACUGAUAACGUUUUGUUGACGGUUAGGCGCUUUAUUCAACUGCAUUUUACUGAGCAGUUGAUAUCGAAUAAUCAAAGUUUUAAGUCGAUUAGCUGUUUAAAAGCAAGCUUAAGUAAUAAUUAGGUUAACAACUAAGUUGUAUAUGUAAGGCAAGGUUAUAGUUCCUUCUGUGUCGCGUGUAAUAAUUACGGCCGCGACAAACAUAGAUCAAUGUUCAAUAGAUUUCUGUAAUGCGAAAACGUAAUAAAUGUAGCAAGUAGAAUAACAGGAACCAUUAUCUUGUCUUAAAAAGCUCUCAUGCAAUAUUAGUUGACCAGUUUAACUCUGUAUUACACGUGUAUAUAUAAACAAUGACACCAUUAUCAUUUGAUGAGAGCAAAACAUGUUCUAGUCGAGUGUAAAUAGUUAGGAAUCUCAUGCUACUGAUAUUAAUUUAAUCAAAUGUGCAUUAUGUGUUUUUUUAAUAACUAAUAAAUAGUUCAACCGAU